UUAUCAAAGAUCUCGUUUCUUUUCUUUCCUUUUCAUUAUUCAGUAACGUUUCGGAUACUUUCUUUUAAAAGGUUUCAAUAAUGUCUAAUAAUAAAAUUCUUCACCCCGAAGUACUUUGGGCACAACGCAGCAACGAACUUUAUAUUACAAUAAAUGUAACUGACUGUAAAGAACCGAAAAUUAACGUGACUGAAAACAAGAUCUCAUUUGAAGGGAAAUCUGGUCCAGAGCAGAGUUUAUAUGGAUUUGAGUUGGAAUUUCACAAAGAUAUUAAGCCCGAGACUGCAAAGCGUUCCACGACUCCACGAAACAUCUUUUUAGUUCUUGAAAAGGCCGAACAAAAACAAGAUUACUGGCCACGUUUACAAAAGGAUAAAAAAAAGAUCCCAUUUCUCAAGACCGAUUUUUCUAAAUGGAAAGAUGAGGAUGAAGAUGAGGAUGAAGGAGGUCCAGAUCCUACAGGAGGAAUGGAUUUCUCUAAUCUAAUGGGAGAAGGCUCGGACUCUGCACUCGAUGACUCGGAUGAGGAUAUGCCUGGUUUGGAAACAGUUGAUGAUACUACCAAGAUCAAUGACUCGACAAAGGAAGAAUCAAGUGAAAUUAGUGAAGAGAGUAAGAGCGAAGAGAAAGAAAUUAAGAGUGAAGAGAAAGAAAUUAAGAGUGAAGAGAAAGAAAUUAAGAGUGAAGAGAAAGAGAUUAAGAAUGAAGAGAAAGAGAUUAAGAGUGAAGAAUCAAAAAAAUAAAUAAGAUUAAUUCUCAAUAAAAGCGCGUUUUUAUUUGUGCAAAAAAUUCGUAAGGGAUUAAUUUAGUUAUUCAAGGUACUUAUGAACAAAUAAAUUAGAUUCGGUUAUUAUUUAGUUGGUAAUAAUAUUAUUUCGAUUGAAAGAUCUUUCUUUCAUUUAUAUUUCUUUAUUUUUGUUGGGCUUCACUUUAAUAAUUUUAUUCCUUGUUUUCUCCGAAGAUCAAAAUAAAAUUCUUGACCAUAAUUAA